AAAGGGGUCAUUCUUUUUGGCACGGACUAAAAAGAAAAUAGGUUCACAUAAAAUGAAACAGAGGGAGUAAUAGUUUUUGGUCCCAGUUGUUAUAAGGUUGUUGUAAUUCUGAGUAACUGUAGAUGGCUAAUAGCAUAUUUUCAUUUCAAUGCUUGCUUUCUGUUGUGUUCAUGUGCUUUCUUUUCUUUAUCCUUUUUGGAAGAGAAUUGGGAUGUGGGUUAAACAAACAGCUGAGGGAGGAAAAUUGGGAGUUGGACUUACGGUUGAGGACAUCUGAUUUAUAUUUUCUUCUCGUCGUCAUUUAUUCUAGGCUGCUGUUUCACCUUAGCUAGCCAUGUCCUGUACAGGUUUCUUCUGUUUCGUCAUAUAACAUUGCAUCAGUUGUUGUUAAGUGUCUGGUUGUGUUUGAGCAAUUCUUAAUGAUCAAGUAAAUGAGAUUUGGUCUUGUGAUGGCUCUCUAAAUUUGCCUAGUUAUGCAUAAGUGCCAGUUAUAGGGUUGUAACACUUGUAGCAACUUGUAUGCACAGUUUAUGCAAGACCAUGGUGAUAAUGUAUGCGAUGUUAGCAACAAUUUGGAGUGGGUACCUGUGAAAUUUCUCAUACUUCUCUUGAGCUUCAUCCAUGAGCUACAAGUACUCCAAGGGAGAGCAGUUGACUGCUUGAAAACAGGAAGCUCGAAAACAAGCCUUGAGAGUUCUGACAAAGUUGGCCAAUAUUCAAUGAUGAAAAACUCGAUCAUUUUUGUGGAGUUCUCUAAAUUGUUUUUCUCUAUAUUGGAUGCACUAGUCUCAUAUGCUGGAACGUCAUGCAGCAUUUUUUGGUCAAAACACAUGGAAGAGUGUGGGGAUUUUUCUGGUUCCAUCCGAGGCAGGCUGGGUGGUCCAAGUCAGCGUCGGUUGUCAUCUUCAAUGACCAGCUCAGUUUUGCAGGCUAGGUUUGGUACGAAUGGGUGGAACGAACGCAAGAAGAAUUUCAUGAGGAAAAUGACUCUAAGUCGAAAUUUCAUGCUGUGGGUUUGCGGUCUUCUUCAUACAACAUCUGAUCGAAAGGGGAAUGAACUCAGAAGAUGGAAGUCCAGAGAUCAUGUCUACAAUUUCUUUUGUACAAAGAAAUACAAUGAUUUUGGCAGAUAUAUAAGCAUUGUAGCGGUACAGGGGGAACGCAGAGCUGUCAUAAUCCUUCCAGAAGCAACAUUCAAUGUGGGAUGGAGAGACGUUGCAUUAAAGAUAGAGAAGUUCAUAAAUAAGGUGACGUCUAUAAAAGCAGUUGCUUUCAUCUCCAGUUGGUCUGCACAGUUUGGCGCUGAUGCUUCGCUCAAAUCUGUUGUUACCUAUCUGUGGAAUUUUUGCUGGAAAAUUAGUAGUACAGCUCUGGCAUGUAAUUCAGAGAUUGAGGCGGAAAUCUGCCUAGCAGCAUAUGAAGCACUGGCUGGUGCUUUGGAUGGAUUAGUGUCCAUGUUCUCUCUGCUGUCGUUGGAUCAUGUCACAGAAAAUGAUGAGUUAACUCCAUUAGACGCUGAUGGUAAGUCAGUCUUGGAUUCCUUACUCAGGACUUUGCUUCAGAACAUCAACAGCAUAGUUGCAGUGGGCAAUUUGGUACGAACUCGACGAGCAGUUUUAUUGAACUGGAAGUGGAUAUGCCUCGAGCUGCUGCUAUCAAUUCCAAAUCAUGCACUUAAAAGUGAAGUUCAUUUGAGAAAACAUAACUUUCACUUCUCAGACACAACACUUUUAUGGACUUUCGAUGAUCUUGUAGACAGCCUUGAGAAUGCUGGAGAGGCUUCUGUUUUACCCAUGCUGAGAUCUGUCAGAUUGAUCAUGGAGCAGUUAGCUUUAGGAAGGAAAGGUUCAAUGGUUUCUGCUUGUCAUGGCAUAGACAUCCAGAUGAUGUGGAAGCUGGUGCGCUCUUCUUGGAUUUUACAUGUCAGCUGCAACAAAAGGAGAGUUGCUCCUAUUGCUGCACUUAUGUCUUCUGUGAUGCACUAUUCUGUUUUUGGCAUUGAGAAGAUGCAUGAAUAUGAAAAUGCACCUGGGCCUUUGAAGUGGUUUGUGGAGAAAAUACUUGAGGAGGGCACUAAAAGUCCGCGUACCAUUCGGUUAGCCGCCUUGCAUUUAAAUGGACUAUGGCUUGCUUAUCCCAGUAUUGUAAAGUUCUAUAUGAAAGAGCUAAAGUUGUUAACACUAUAUGGUUCAGUUGCAUUUGAUGAGGAUUUUGAAGCUGAAUUGUCUGAAAAUCGUGAUGCCAAAAUUGAAGUAUCAGUGCUGGCUAAAAGCCCAGAUCCUGAGCUUACUGAAGUAAGUUAAUACCAUGUAUUUUUG